AUGAUGACGUUGGCAGGAAUGUUCGGCGUGACAGAGGCGGUCAUUUCUCAGUUCCUAAAGCGUCAGAAAGCUCAAGAUGGCUCUACUAACAGCCAACGCACUGGAAGACCACGUGUCACUGAUCGUAAUGACGAUAGGAACAUUUUGAAGACGUCUAGAACCAAUCCAAGACUCACCGCCCCUGCGAUCAGACGGGAAGUUUUCUUGAAUUCGCCAUCUCCGCCAUCCGUCUCGACCGUGAAACGACGUCUGAAUGCUGCUGGAAUCAUGGGAAGACGUCCAGUGAAGAAACCGCUGAUUUCUGAAAAGAAUCGAGUCGCCAGGGUGAAGUGGGCGAAGGAGCAUCUCAACUGGACCCGUCAAGACUGGAACAAGAUUCUGUCGUCCGACGAAACGGUCCUCCACCAUGUUUCACAAAGGGUAAUUGGUAUUUCGGAUGAUAUCUGGACCCAAUUGGUCUACGAACUCAUUGAAUUCCGUCACUUCCGAAGAGGAGGAACUUGA